UGUCACGUGCUCUCUUUUUUUGUCGGGAACGAAUUUUGAAUCGCGAAGCGUUUUACACGGGUCGGCCGGACCGGUCCUUCAUACACAGGCGACAGGGUUUAUAUCAACACUUGCUGGAAUACCUCUUGAGAAUGGAUACUGGUGGGGAUUUUUCUCUUCUGACCGAUGAGAAGUUUGAUUUUGAUAUCUCAUUAUCUCCCUCAAGUGCGAAAGAAGACUGUGAUGACGAAGUAUUUAUUGGACCUGUAAAGCACAAAGAAAAAUGUGUCCGUGCUGCAAUUGCCUCUGAUGUAUCGGAGGAGAAGACUCCUCCUCAAUGUGACCAGGUAGCCUGGAGUCCUUUAAGUGCAGAUAAGUUUGUUGAGAUAUUCAAAGAAGCCCACUUGCUGGCACUACAGCUGGGAUGCUUGACGACUGAUGAUGAAAAGAAAGAGCAACCUGCUGAGAGAGCCACAAACCAAGUGGUGGAGAAAUUUGUUCAGGAGUCCAAAUCAAAACUGAAAAUACUUGAAACAGGACUCGAGUCUGCAAAAACACCGGUAGUUAUCAAGCGAGAAACUUACUGUGUGACUGAAAGUCCUUUCCACCAGCUCCCGCCUUCAGUUCAGCAGCGACUUAAUAUGCCGAGCACAGAAGGAGGAAAGCAGGUGGGUCUAAAAAUGUCAAAACAAGACAGCCCUGCAAAAGUGCAAAAAUCUGCCAAGACCCUUUCUGUGUCGCCACUUGCACAGAAGACCAAAGCUCUGCCGUGGAAAAACAAUGUUCCAGCAGCAAGCACCAGCAAACCUACGUUAAGCCGGUUACAGCCUAUGAAGACCUCUACGACUUAUGCACAAAAAAAUCUCUUAACAGUUGAAAAGCCUAAAACAAGCAAGAAGCCUAGUCCAGUUAGACGGAAACAUCUCAGUAGUGCGGGUUCGUCCGAAGACCUAAUUUCGGAUAAAUCCAGCAUUGCAUCCGAUGUCAGUGACACUUCAUUCAAUAACAGUACUGUGGGGCAAACAAAGAAGACCCUUCCCGCCUCAAGCAAGCUCAGUCUAAAAAAUACGCAGUUCAAGGCGCCAACAUCGACUGCUUAUAGAAGGAACACCUCCUCUUCAUCAUCUUCGCAUUCUAGCAUCAACACAAGUUUAAACUCAAGCUUAUCAUUCUCACCACCUGCUAGUAAUGCCAAAAUAAAUGCUUCCUUGAAUAUCUCGGCAAGCAAUUCAAAGAUCAAGUCAAAUCCAAGUAGACUUGCACUAGUUCGUCCUACUGGUGGGUCCACAUCCUCCAUAAAAGCAAAUGGCACAGAGCUUCCAAGCAACCUACUGAAGCCUGGUGGUGCAGUAAAAGGAAAAAUAGCUGGGAAUAACAGCAAGUCCUCCUCCGUGCAAGUGGUGCAACCACAGACGCCUUCCGGCAAAUUCCAGAGGCAGAUAUCCGCUCCUAAUCUUCAAAGGUUACCUGUGCAGACAAACCCAGAAAGUGCUGUCAAAGGAGCUUCAUGUACUAAACCUCAGGCUAGGGUACUGCCUACACCCACAAGCCGGCUAAAAUUGCCCCAGAGGCCUACAGGGAUGUCUCCUGAUCGUCCUGUUGGAAGAAAAAUGCAACCGACAAGGCUUAUGUCCUGUGGUGAUAUUGGAAGUGGUAUUGAACAAAGUACCCCCAUGAGAGAAAUACAGGCCGUUCCAAGCAACAUCCCCUUGGUUGGAAGAUCAGUUUCCUCCGCAACGCCUAGCACAAAGCGUGCAUCUGCCUUGCCCACUCCCGUUAACCGAAGGACCUCUGGAAUGCUAACGCCAAGGACUCUCCCACGGUCUCUUUCAUCUCUGCGCCAGACUCCUGCUCUGCCGGUCUCAAACAAAUCUGCCAUAAAGUGUCCUGUUAACGGGCCUGUGGAAUCUGAUGAAAAUGGUCUGCCUGCUGUUACUAGUCCGUGUUCGCCAACAGAUGAAGACACGCCUGAAAUCGUUCCAUGUUCCUUAAACUUUUCUCCAGAAAGCAAGCCAGCAUGUCUGGAACAAAGCGAUGUGCAAAAGUGUGUGGCAUUUCCGGUAAGCGCAGAGGCUUUAUUGAUUGACAUUGGAAUGGAAAAUCACGAAAAGGAUGUGAAAGUGAAGAAAAUGUCAGCUGAUUUUGACAGCCAACCUCUUAUUGACCUUUCCAACACACCUGAAUUGAACAAAAGAAUCGUGUCAGCGAAAGCAGCUCAUGUUGGCCAGCUGAUAGAUUUCAGUUCUCCUCUUAUUAAGCUGAGCCCCAUAGUGAACAAAGAAAACAUGGAUUUUGAUUCUCCUCUUCUAAAGUUUUAGCAGGAAGAACCCUGUCUACCAGGGAGUGCGUUUUGGGAGAUUCAUUUAAAAGCUACUGUAAUGCAUAUCUGCCAAUGUACAAUGGCGAUUUGUAUUGGUGGCUUUGGCGUAAAAGACUUAUUUUCCACAAGGAAGAACUAAAAUUUACAGCGCUCAAGAGUACACGAGAUGCAAAGAUUGCCACCGUUUAAAGUCUUAUUGAACAGGACAGAAUUAAGAGCUGUAAUAAACUUUGCGGUGGUUAUAAACAUAUCACGUUUUAAUGACUGGAUAAUUAACCUUUUCUGACAUUUAUAGUCAGAAAUAGCUGGAAAGUUUUUUUUUGUUUACAAGAUUCACUGGACACAAACUGUAAAACGACCGGGACAUUCGUAGCAUGACCUUCAGUGGCCUCCACGAUCAAACAAAUGUCUCUAAAUUUCUAUGUAAUCGUUCUGUUGGGUGAACCGUAGUAUCCCUUUAAUUCUGGAUACAAAACUGGUAUUUUUGGGAAGUGUUUGUAUUACCUGAUGAAAAUAUGUAAGAGAGAGGGUACUUAAUAAAAUGUGCGUUUGUGCAGAAAAAAAUCAAAACAUAAAAUGUCUCAAAAUAAGUAAUUCUCCAUGCACAAUUCUUGUAAAUUAUGAUUGUUUGAAAUUUGUGUUAUUGUAAAAUAAAGCUAUAUUAAAGUAACAAA